ACCUAUUGAAGAAAUCUCAUUAGAAUGGGACUGCUUUUCACAUGAAACGUAUGACAUCACAUGCCAUGGAAAUGAAGUGGAUGGUUUGUACUGGGCUGACAUCAGUAAAAUGCACCAACCCAUCUCACCUGGGGUUUCUUUCGGAGAUAGUGGACAAGAUGAUCUGCUACAAGAUCAAAAUUCAUCGUCACAAAGAACUAUGUGGGCACCUUUGAAAGAAAAUGUGCCACGCAGAGAAAAUUCGGAUGAACUUUUAUCAACGUCAUCUUCGUCGACGGAUUACUACAGUUGUUUUGAUUCCGAUUCUGAUUCUGAAUCCGAGAAGAAGAAACGAUUACACCGUGAAAGCAACAGCUGGGUGACCAAAGCGUUUGAAGGAGGUGCUGUGGUUUACGAUACGACAGUAUCAUCAUCGCCUCUACAUCUAUGCGUUUCCGAUGACGAGUUCAUCGACUUUUCGGCUAUGCAGUCCAUGAAAAGCAAACGAAAUACCAAAAUUGUAAUGCGGUACCGUCAUAUACCAGAGAUAGAAUAUACACUUGAUGGUGAAAUUUCGAAGUCUAAAAUUGUAGGUGCCAUGCCUUCAUGGUGUCAAGUUUUUAAACCUCUUAACGAAGUAACUGAAGAUGCAGUUGUAAAACACGACGUUAAAAGUCUUGUACAUUCAUUUGAGAAUUUAAGUAACGCAGAAGAGAAGGAAUGUAAAACUUCUUGUUUGAGUAAAGGGAAAAUUGAUCACGUCGAUUUAGUCAUAUGAACUUUACAAUUUAGAUAGAAUUUAUUGUGAUAGUUCUUGUGAGUGCAAAGAACAUUCACGUGCUAUUUUAUUUGAAAUGCUAUGUAGAAAGUGUAUAUGCAGUACAUAAUGUUUGUAUGCAGUAAAAGUACAGUAAUGCAAUGUGUAAAGUGUGCGUGUAGCAACAUGCAGUGUGUGUUGAAAGUAUUCAUUUAAUUCCAGAUGCAGU